AUGACUAGCCCAGUAUAUUUCAGCAAAUACGUGGUAACUCCCCAGGUUUUCUUCAAGAGUCAAUACACAUACGCGCUGGUCAAUUUGAAGCCAUUGGUGCCCGGUCACGUACUGAUUGUCCCCCUAAGAAACGAGGUCAUAAGACUCAGUGAUUUAACCCAGGAGGAAUCAGUCGACUAUUUUAAAACGUUGCAAUUGAUUCAAAGAUUCAUCACAUGGCAAUUCAAAGCUGAUUCCCUGAAUAUUGCCAUUCAGGACGGCCCAGAAGCAGGCCAAACUAUCCCACAUCUGCAUACACACGUCAUUCCAAGGUACAGAGCCAACAAUAUUGGAGAUAAGAUUUAUGAUAGACUAGAUAAAUGGAGUUUCGAAGGCUGGGAUGAAAGGCGUAAAGAAUACUUAAAAGAGGGCGGGCGUGAAGCUCGUAAGCUCGCCAAACCUGACGAUCAACGAUUUGCCAGGUCAGCAGACGAAAUGGGAAAAGAAGCUUUAGAACUUCAACAGAAACUGGCUCAAUUCUCCUCCAGCCGUUGA